CGCCGUCGAGCAGCAGCUAUAAGGGAACAGCCCUCAGACUGCUGGCUAACUUUGUCCUAUCUGGUUUCUCUCUCCCGGCCGACACCUCUUUGUUUCUGUCGUGGUCAAGUACCGCCGCUUUCCCGAAGGCUUCACACCAAGUGUACAGGCGUUAGAGACGGCCAGGCACGCUGGUGGCAGCUCGGAUAAUUUCCUGAGACCUACAAAAGACGAAAGAGGGAGGGAGGAGAAGGAAGGUGGGACUGAAAGGAGCUUGGAGAAGUUGACACUUCGUUGUUAUGUUGUGUUCUUGUUGAAUAAGCUGCGCGUACAUAUACGACGCUGCAGACUUUGUGGGCAGCGAGCUGAAAGCUGGGUCUCCUAUAACAUCAUGAAUGAGUGAGAACAGGGGACAGAGAUGGCAGAGCUGGAGAUAGACCAGUCCAACCUUCCACGUGUCCAAGAAGUUUGUCAGACCUUUGCUGUGCUGGAGGAUGGAGUAUUGGCAAACAGCCUUCAAGAGCAGGAGAUCGAGCAGUACUAUACCACCAAUAUCCAAAAGAACCAACUGGUGCAAAAUGACAUCCGGAUAGCCAGGCGGCUGCAGCAUGAGGAGGAGCAGGAGCGGGCUCAGCAGAGCGCCGUCAUCAGACAGGUUUCCAGACAAAUAGAAGAGCAGGACUUUGAAUACGCUCGUAUGAUUCAAGAAGAGCUCCAGCGACGAGCUGAGGAGGCACACAGGAGGGAGCAGGACGAUGAGGAAAUGGCUAAACAGCUGCAGGAAGAGGAGGAGCAGCUGGUCAGGAGAAGGAGCCAAAGCCAGGAGGAUUUUCAUGAAGGCAGCACCAGUGACCCUGAGCUGCCAUCAUCCCACCAGCACACAUUCAUCAGCCCUUACCAAGAAGAGGAGCAGUACUUAUCUGUCACCACCAGGUGGCCACAUUCUACCUCUCAUCGUGGUUCAGUGUUAACUGGGCCUCAGACUAGCUCUCCCUGGAGAGCAGUUUCUCAGAGCAACACAACUUCAUGGUCAAAUCAAGGACAGGUAGAUACCAGCAGGCAAAUAAGGAAUGAACUCAGAGAGCCUAUAAAUGAAGAUUCAGAAGAGUCAGAUGCAGUUUUUACUCAACAGCUCUCUCUUUGGGCCCGGCGGCUGUAUGACAGAUCAAGUACAGCACCUCCUCAACAACAGCCUUCUUUAAGACCCCAAAAAGAGAGGAACUGCAGAAGUCUCUGCACUCGCAGCAGCUUCACAAAUGAUUUCAAAGGCUGGGAGGAGGAGACAGAGACCUGUGUGGAAGACUGUUAUGAAAAUGAUAAUGUGCAAUGGAGAACGUCUAGGAAUGUGGAUUAUGACAGGAAGUACAGAGAUAAAUAUGAAGAUUUGCACAGUGGAAGGCCGCAGGAACCAGACAGUAGGUCAGCGGAGGUCUGCGAAAGGCGAUGUCAUCGCAGUGAAUCGGUGCGUGUACAUGGCCGAAACAGUAACAGAGAGUUGGCAAGAACCUGGAGCUGCAAGGAGAACCCUGAUAAACAUGUCCGCUUCCGGGAGGACCAGAAGAGUUCCAUUAAGCAGCAGAAUGAAAGCCUGAAGGUGUGGCAGAUGCUCGGCCAUAUCCUCCAGGAGAGAGGUGUGCCUGUGAAGGUUGGUGGCAGCGGGGCGCCACUACAGAUAAGGCCUCAAAGCAGAGACCGCCAGGUGCUCCACGGGAGUGAGGUCUCCUAUGGUGACUCCCAACCACAUCAGAAAGCCUUCCACAGAGCUGCCACCACCAGGCACAGUUUCCAUGGAGAUAUCAGGCAGAGGAGGAGAUCAUCACAUGGAGAAAACAUUGGAAGAGAUCACAGAGAAGACCAAGGCAGUCAUAAUUAUAACAGAGAGGUUCAUGAGCUUAAUAGUGGAGAGUCUCAUAUCUUUAGCAAAGAAACAAAUGGCAACACAAGGUCGAAAGAGCACAAAUAUGCAAACAUUGACAAUAACAGAGAGAGAAAUGCAAAUCAUACCAGAGUAAAGAGGACGACAAGUGAUCGCCGGCACUGGCACAAGAUCACAGAAGAAACAUUAAGCUCAGAUGAGGAGCAAGAGGUGGAGAGAAGAGCAGAGCGUCCUAGACGAAGAGCACUACAGCGUAGCCAAAGCUUCAGGAGCAGCAGGGCUUCGACCAUACAUAGGUCAAAGCACAUGGCAGCAGGGUCUUCACUGCAACCAGAGCCAAGCGAGGCAGGCCUGGAUCUGGGAGAGCUGCAUCAGGUCCUACAAGAUGAAGAACUGGCCCGUAAGCUUCAGGAAGAGGAAGAAAAGGAGUUAAGGAGGCCAUCUCUACAAAAUUCCUAUCCAGAGGGGGACUUCAGAGUAGCCCAGGUUGCACAAGAUGAGGAAAUUGCCCGUUUUAUGCAGAAGCAGGAAAUUAAGGCAAAGCGAAGAUCUCGUGAACUAGAAGGGCCAGGGUCUUGGCACGAGCACAGAACCAUGAUUAGUCACUGUGACAGACGAGCUACCAGAGAAAGACCGGUCCACCGAGAACGGCUUGACUCAGAGGGUCUUCCUUCUCCCACUGAAGACUGCCCGCCAGAGAACCAGUCAACCAGCCCCAUUCACGAUAUACCAAAAGCCCAGCAGCUGAGAAACAUUGCAGAGGAGCUGGACCCUACUUUCCAGGCCUGUAAGCAUGUCCCAGAGAGCUUCCAAGCAGGACAAACUGGUCAAACCAGUGAGCAACCUACUGUAGCACAAUCCGGCUCACAGGACAUCCUUGAGGAACCUACAUUCAUUCCACCAACAAAGCGGCAGACAGAUAAAUCUGGACGUACUAAACCCAAAGAGAAAAGGGAAGGAUGCAAGCAACAAUAAUUUUAGAUUGUGCUGAUGGGAAUUGUUUUGUUUUUUGUUUUGUUUUGUUUUUUAUAAUAAAUUAUCAGUCUAA